GCUUCAACUCAAUUAUUGAAGUAAGCAACACAUCGUGUACUUGGCUAAGCUACACUGCAAAGUAGAAACUUUGUGUUCUUCAGAAUUCUGAGUGUUGAGUGUAUACCACAACCCACUUCCCUUACCCUUUCAUAUACUUUCUUGAUCUUGUGAACAUGGCUGCUGAACUUGUUGGAGGAGCUUUUCUCUCUUCUUUUCUCAAUGUUCUUUUUGACCGGCUGUCCGACCCUGCAAUCAUCAACAUGAUGAAAGGAAAGAAGGUUGAUCAGAAGCUGCUUCAAAAGCUGGAGACCAUUUUGAGUGUGGUUGAAGCUGUGCUGAAUGAUGCUGAGAAGAAACAGAUUUCUAACCCUGCUGUCAAGAGGUGGCUUGAAAAUCUCCAAGAUGCUGUCUAUGAUGCUGAUGACUUGCUGGACGAAAUCGCCUCCAAAGCUGCCACUCGGAAGGAUCCACCACCAGGUAACUUCCUGUCCCGCUUUCUCAAUUCGCAAGAUAGGGAGAUGGUUACUAGGAUUGAAGAAAUCAUUGCUAGACUACAAGAUAUUGCAAGUCAUAAAGAUAUCCUUGGUCUAGAAAAGAUUUCAGUGAAGAACAUGUCAGGGAGAAUUGAAUCAACAUCUCUUGUUCAAAAGUCUGAUGUAUUUGUUGGUAGGGACCAAGAGAGGGAGGAUAUAGUCAAUUUGUUGUUGGAUGAUAGUAAUGAUGGUAAACUAUCUGUGAUCCCCAUUUGGGGCAUGGGUGGGAUUGGAAAAACUACUUUGGUUCAAUGGGUUUUUAAUGAUGACAGAGUGCAGCAAAAAUUUGAUGUUAAAACGUUGUUUUGUUUAUUGUUCUUUGUAUCCCAAGGACUAUGAGUUUGAAAGAGAUGAAUUGAUGUUAUUGUGGAUGGCAGAAGGUCUUUUGCAACAACCAAGGAGCG